GAAUGUGAAACUAAAGAGCUACAAGUUAAACAGCAUGCAAAUAGUGAAGAAACAAAAGCCUUAGUUCAAAUUCAAACGCAAUUAGCAAAUUACUCUUUAUGCAAAAGGCAUUAUAAUCAACUUAUUGUAUCUGAUAACUUAUAUCAAAAUUUAUUAAAUUUAAAUUUGACAAAUUAUAAUGUUGAUAGUAAUUUUAUGGAACAUUCUUAUGUAAUAGAAGCAAAAAAUAAUAUUUGUGAAAUUGGAAUGCAAGUUAAUAAACAAACAAGUAAUAUUGGAAUGCAAGUUAAUAAACAAACAAGUAGUAUUGGUAUACAAGUAUUUGAUAAUAUGUUACAAUCUCUUGAAAAUC